AACAGAGGUUCCGGGACUUGGCACGAUACAUACCUGAGUACGCCAUGGAUGAGAACCGCAUGGCUAAUAACUUCUGGGAUACCCUACAGUUGGAUAUCCGUGAUCGGGCCACCUACAAUCAUCACAUGACCUUUAGUGAGAUUGUGGAUCAGGGGCUACUUGGGGAAGCCAAGUGGAAUGAAAGGAAGAAGAGAGACGCCGAAGAGGCGAAGAAGAGAAGAUGGGGAAAUUCGGGACCCCAAGACCAUUCUCGGAAACAUCACGCCGGGAAUGGAAGUUCAUUUAGAGCGCCGGAACCACCGGCAAAGAAGAGCAAGGGUCCAGGAGGGCAGGGGCAUAGCUCGGGGAGCGUGAGACCACCGAGGUGUCCAAACUGUAACAAAAACCAUGCCGGGAAAUGCAAUGCACCACCCCGGUGUUACAAGUGCGGUAGCACAAGUCACCUCAAACUUUCCUGCCCGAUGCUGAAUGAAGGGGGACCAUCGGGAGUCCCGGAAGGACCUACGUCUAGUAGGGGGCGUGCGGGACCAUCUCAAGGCGGCACGGGAAGGGGCGGGACCACGGCUAGUAACGCCGCGUCCGUUAACCAAGGGAGAACCCAAGCACGGGUGUAUGCAAUGACCGAGGCCGAUGCUCGGGCCAACCCGGACUCUAUUGCAGGUUAAGGCUAGAGUCCUGCUACCUGCACCUUUGCAUAGGGUGGACUUCGAAUAAGGAAGACUUGGUUCGUGCUUCCAUUCUUAUUUGACUUAUGAAAAUGCUCAUGGAUAUUUGAACAAUGUUUUCUAUUAAACUAUCGAAGGGCCUGCGUGCUCAUAUUUGCCACGUGUGGCUAAUUACUAAACAUAUUUUACUUCCGCAUUUGUUUGAGUAAUAUAUUGAUGUUGAUUGUAUGAGUUUACUAAUCGGUUUGGCAAUAGAAUCUAUCAGACGCCUUGUACGAUUUAAUAAGAAUGAACUACGUUGUUCUUAUUGGGUUGUACGGCGGUUGUCUACGUGGCACGGAUGCGGUCCGGGACGUGACAUAUAAAGAGCGCAACAUAUAUAGCGGAACAUAUAUGUAACUAAGUUCCUAUUUUUCAUAUAUAAUAUUGAG